CCAUCGCUCACUGAAUGAUUGCAGUAGUAGCUCCAUUGCUCGCAUCUUGUUCCACCUCUCAUCUCGCUCUCCCCUCGCCCACCACCACCAGCCGCCUCCACUGCCACCGAUGAAGCUCCAACCAUCGCCCAAUAUGCCGUGUACAGCUCCGUCCCUGGCAUGAAUCAGUUUCACAACCCGGUUCAGUCUUGCUCUCGUCCACUGCAGAUCAAGCUGCUCCCUCGACUCCGCUGCAGAUCCCGUAGUUUCCAUCAGAAUUGAUCGCACUGGUCGUUCAUUCGGCAUGUAAGCGCCGUCCUGCUCCAUAGGCCACACACUACAAGUCUCUACAAGCUCAAAUGGCCGAGGCUGUACUUCUUGCUGUGACGAAGAUUGGUUACAUUUUAGGAGAUGAAGUCAUCAAGGCCAUCAUAUCUGAGCUCUCCGUAAAAGUUACUAAUCUGAAGGAACUGCCGGUAAAGGUUGAGCAAAUAAGAAAGCAACUGACUAUGAUGAGUAAUGUAAUAAUGCAGAUAGAUACUGUAUACCUCAUUGACAAAGGUGUCAAGAAUUGGAUUGGGGAAGUCCGCAACGUGGCCUACCAUGUUGAAGAUGUAAUGGAUAAAUAUUCAUACCAUGUACUUAAACAUAAGGAACAAAGUCGCCUGAAGAAAAUAUUUAAAGGAAAAGAUUAUGCAGUUUUCAGUCAAAUUGCGGAUGAGGUAGUUGUGGUAGAGGAGGAGAUUGAGCAAGUUAUAAAGUUGAAAGAUCAGCUUGGACACGAGUUGUCAAACAAUGAUCAUGUCCGAGCAAUUUUAAAUCUGAGCUACCAUGACCUUUCAGACGAUCUCAGAAACUGCUUCUUGUACUGCAGUCUCUUCCCUGAAGACUACCCCAUGUCACGUGACAGCCUUGUGAGGCUGUGGGUUGCAGAAGGCUUUGUGCCGAGUAAGGGAAAGAACACGCCAGAGAUGGUAGCUGAGGGAAAUCUCAUGGAGCUGGUCCACCGCAAUAUGCUUGAGGUGGUGGAGUAUGAUGAGCUUGGCAGGGUCAGCUUCUGUAAGAUGCAUGAUAUUAUGCGUGAACUGGCUAGUUCUGUUGCUAAAGAAGAGAGAUUUGCUUCAACAGAUGAUUACGACACGAUGAUGGAUAUUCGUCGUCUGUCAUCAUGUGAAUGGAAAGAGGACACUGCACGGAAAGCUGAACUUUCACAUCUUCGAACAGUAGUGUCAGUAAUUCCAUCCUCGCCUGACAUGCUAUCAUCAAUUUUAUCUGCAUCGAACUACCUUACUGUUCUUGAGCUGCAAGACUCUGAAAUAACUGAAGUGCCAAAAUCGAUUGGGUCUCAGUUCAAUCUGCGUUACAUCGGGUUACGGCGCACCAAGGUCAAGGCACUUCCGGACUCUAUUGAGCAUUUGUCUCGCCUCCACACCCUCGACAUCAAGCAAACCAAAAUAGAGAAGCUACCACGAGGGCUUUUCAAGAUCAAGAAGCUGCAGCAUCUUUUCGCCGAUAGAUAUGUUGAUGAGAAGCAGGUGGAGUUUCGGUACUUUAAUGGAAUGCAAGCACCUAAAGAGCUGUCGAACUUGCAAGAACUGCAAACUCUUGAGACCGUGGAAUCCAGCAAUGACCUGGCCGAACAGCUGCAGAAAUUGAUGCAACUAAGAAGUCUGUGGAUUGAUAACAUUAGUGCCGCUGAGUGUGCAAAUCUGUUUGUUACCCUUUCAAAUAUGCCGCUUCUUUCAAGCUUGCUUCUUUGUGCAAGGGGUGAGAAUGAGGCACUUUGCUUUGAGGCUCUCCAGCCAAGGUCUACAGAUCUACACAAGUUGAUUAUCAGAGGGAAAUGGGCCAAGGGGACACUAAAUUGCCCGAUAUUUCUGAAGCAUGGGACACAUCUCAAGUAUCUAGCUCUAAGCUGGUGUCACCUUGUGGAAGAUCCACUGGAGAUACUUGCGCGGCACAUGCCGAACCUCACGUAUCUGAGACUUAACAACAUGCAUGGUGCAAAUACUCUGGCUCUUUCUGCAAAUUCCUUUCCAAACCUGAAGACACUUAUCUUAACGUGCAUGCAUGAUGUCAGUGAGCUAAACAUCAGUGACGGCGCUCUUCCAUGCGUUGAAGGUCUGUAUAUCAUCUCGCUACCGAAGCUUGACAAGGUCCCUCAAGGCAUUGAAUCCCUUCGCGCCCUUAAGAAGCUCACGCUGCAGUGCUUGCACAAGGAUUUCAGAAGUCAAUGGGACACCAACGGAAUGCAUCAGAAGACACUGCAUGUUCCAGAGGUUCGUGUCUAGAUGCAGCAGGUCGGUUCUACCUGCAAUGUUUGUCUUGGAUGGUGCAUCUGUCAUUCACAGUCGUGUGGUACAUUUAAUCAUUCCAGUAAAAUUUGUGAUUAUUCAUACCAUCAGCAACAUUUUACAGUGCUUAUAUGUGUAACAUAUUUACUCAAAGUUUGGUUUCCAUUGCCUUCUAGUGGCCCCCAUCUGGUUUUAUGUUGUUAAAGUCAUAUGUGCUAGUACUGAUUUCAUGUAAUGAUAUGUAUCAUUCUUAUAGAACACCUUCUGUGAAUAAUCCU